GCUCUACGUUCGACGCAAGAAACAAGUCACCCCUACCUGACCUACAUCUAGAUUCUCAAUAGAAAUUUAAAACCGACAUAUUCUCUCCACCAACUAUCUAAAGACAUUCAGCAAUGCAACCUUUGGUUCUAUUUCUUCAGCAGUCCAAGACAUUUCCUGCACGUUUUUUCGAGGCGCACAGCUACAGAUCCCGGCUUGCCUUCAUACUCUUGCCAGCUAACACCAGCUAUCAAUCGCAUUCUCCCUCAUCGGUAUUACCUUAGCAUGGAUGUCACUCGGUACACUCGGACACGGGCCGAGGGUCCGUCAGCCGGUACGGGACUCCAAGCUAGCAGCUGGUGCCAUCAGUGCAGCUCGCCGCCACCAGACAGUCAAAGCAGCACCCAUCUCCGAGUCGGAAUUGACUCCAGCAUUCCGCGAUGGGUGCCCGGUUCGACGGUGCGAUACGUCUUCUGCGCCAAGACUUUCUCGGACCCAAACCUGGCCGCCUUCGUCUCGGCCAAGCUGGUCGAGGCAGCGCUCAUGUGGAGGAGCAAGGGCGUGACCUUUGAGCACGCGUGCCCCGGCCACGAAGCCACCUUCAAGGUUGUAUACAUGGAAGACGGCGGCAUCAAUCCCCUGGCGAGCUCCUUCUUCCCCAACCGCGGCCCGGCCGAGGCUCGCACGCUGUGCAUAUACCAGGCAGCCCUCGCCCGGCCCCACAUCAAGUACCUCGCCAACGUCCUCGCCCACGAGCUAGGCCACAUCCUGGGCCUGCGCCACGAGUUCGCCGGCUUGGUCGAGGCCGGUUCCGUCCGCUGGGGAAGGUCGAAUAAGAAUUCGGUCAUGAACUACCACGCCAAGCUGAGGAGGUACCGCGUGUAGAAGCAGGAUCUUGCCGACCUAGAGAGCUUCUACAGUUCGACCAAGACGAAGCACAGGGGGCUGCCGAUCUACACGCUCCAUCCCCCGACCUACUUGUACGACUGAGUACCUGGCGGAUGGGAAACCCGCUUUCUUGGGACAGGGCGAGCCAUUCUCGGAGUUUGGCGUCGACAGACUGUGUGCGGUUUAA